AUGGCAGGCGAUGCCUCCGAGCCCCUGCACCAUACGGCAAACCGGCCGUCAUCACCAGACGAGCUGGCAGACUCCCUCGACGAUGCGGUGCCGAACACGCGAAGUCCGAUCACCUCCGCACAGAGCUUCACUCCCCGCUCGCUCAUCGUCGGCCUCGUUAUCGGCGCCCUGAUUACCUUUUCGAACACAUACUUUGGUCUACAGACAGGAUGGAUCAGCACAAUGGCCAUGCCGUCGGCCUUGAUCGGAUUCUCGGUCUUCAAGGUCCUUUCGAAACACCUGUCGUUCCCGUUCACGCCGAUUGAGAAUGUCUUGAUCCAGACCGUGGCUGGAGCUGUGGGAACGAUGCCGCUUGGGUGCGGAUUUGUGGGUGUCAUCCCUGCUCUCGAGUUCCUGCUGAAGGACGGCGAAGAUGGGCCGAAGGGUGAUGGCGGGGACGGGGAGGGUGGCCCUCUCAGACUGGGCUUCUGGAAAUUGGUGAUUUGGAGCUUGGGAGUCUGUUUGUUCGGUGUGGUAUUCGCAGUUCCGUUGCGAAAGGAAGUUAUCGUACGAGAGAAGCUGCGUUUUCCGAGUGGCACCGCUUCGGCCCUGAUGCUACGGGUCUUGCACGGCGCGGGCAAGAAUGAGAAGACGCCUGUGCCAACCCAGCUGCGAAACAGUGAACCGGCCGAUCAAAUCCGAGCUCCUGCACAGCCGCAUGAAGAGCAAGAACAGGAUCUUCUGCUCAAGAACACCGAUACCGAGGAUCAGACGGAAGACAAGGAGGAGUGGCGAUCAAAGAUGCGUUUGCUGAUAGGUGCCUUCGUGGUGUCCGGUGUAUAUACGCUUUUCUCCUAUUUUGUGCCUUUGGUCCGGGAUAUCCCAUUAUUCGGGGUGACCCUGGCCCGUAGUUGGCUUUGGACUCUCAAUCCGUCGCCUGCCUAUAUCGGCCAAGGUAUUAUCAUGGGACCUUCCACGUGCAUGCACAUGCUUUUUGGCGCUGUCUUGGGCUGGGGCAUUCUCUCACCGCUGGCGAAAGCUCGCGGAUGGGCGCCCGGCGCAGUAGACAGCUGGGAGGACGGGAGCAAAGCCUGGAUCGUAUGGGUUUCGUUGGCAAUCAUGCUUGCAGACUCGCUCAUUAGCCUCGGAUGGCUAGUUGCAAAGCCAUUGGUAAAUCGCGCUCCAAGAUGGAUAGCGCUAUUUCGAUCAUCUCGACUCGGCCGAUGGAUUUCAUUGAGACUCCACUCUUCUGAAUCUCACCAGCAUUCGUAUAUCAAUUACUCUGCGUUGGACUCUGACCGGCAGUCGGUGGCAAUGGAGGAUCAUGAAUCGCAUAAUGGCCACUUCGUGAAAGCCACGAGCGAGGAUGAGGAUGCUCCACCUUCCCAACUUAUUUCCACCCGCACGGUCGUGAUUCUGCUGCCGCUGACCCUGAUAUUGAACGUCGUCUGUAUGCAUUUCGCCUUCGGCGAGAUCAUAUCCCCAGCCUUAUCUACCCUCGCCACACUUCUCGCCGUCGUACUUUCCAUCAUGGGCGUCCGAGCUCUAGGCGAAACAGACCUGAACCCAGUAUCCGGGAUCAGCAAAUUGACCCAACUUCUCUUCUCUCUCGCAACACCCUCAUCCCGUUUCUCUCGCCGAACGGCACUCGUGACGAAUCUUUUAGCGGGUGCCGUCUCCGAAUCGGGUGCUCUCCAAGCAGGCGACAUGAUGCAAGAUCUCAAAACAGGCCACCUGCUCGGCGCUAGCCCCAAAGCUCAAUUCUACGGCCAAAUGAUUGGCAGUCUUGUCGGCGCUGUGCUUUCCACAGCCGUAUACAAGAUGUAUGUCAACGUCUACGAGAUUCCUGGCGAGAUGUUCCAGACACCCACGGCGUAUGUCUGGAUCUUCACAGCUCGUCUCGUGACAGGUCAAGGUCUCCCCGAUAUGGCGUGGCAGGCGUCCCUUAUCGCGGGCUUUGUUUGGGUGGCUCUUACCGCACUGCGUAUUGCAGGUGCCUCUCCUACUUUUGCGCAAAAUGAUCAGCCCCCGGCUUGGAGAUCCUGGAUCCCCGGUGGCAUUGCCGUUGCUGUAGGUAUAUUCAAUGUUCCUUCCUUUACCCUUGCGCGAGCCAUUGGCGGUGUCAUUGCUUGGUGGUGGUCUCGGAAGCACGCGGCGCCGUCAAACCGUCGCCCCGGUUCUGCCGGAUCUGUUGAUGCUGCUGGCGACUCUACUAAUGUCGAGGGACGCUCUGUCCGAGACCAGACUGCGUCUACUAUCCAGGCGGCUGAGAAGGCGGAUGCGGCGUCUUCGACAGUUGUUGUCCUGGCCUCUGGUCUGAUUUUGGGUGAAGGUAUCAUGAGUAUUGUGAACUUGCUCCUUGCAAGUGGGAAGGUCCCUCACCUUUGA